UUCCAUUUUUUUUAAAAAAGAGCGUCAGAGAAGGAGGAAGAAGAAGAAAAAGAGAAAGAAGACAUUUUAAUUAGAGAGAGAUAGAGAGCCAUGGCAAGGUUGGCCCUCCUCCAACAACAACACAAUCAUCCUUCUUUCUCCAUCCCCCCUUCUUCUCUCUCUGAUUUCAAUGGCACCAGACUCAACUCUAAACUCCAGUUCAAGAAGAGGAUCUCUCAACCAAAAGGUGCACUACAUGUUUCUGCAUCAAGUGAAAAGAAGAUUCUUAUAAUGGGUGGCACUCGGUUCAUUGGUAUAUUCUUGUCCAGACUUCUUGUCAAAGAGGGUCAUAAGGUGACUUUGUUUACUAGAGGAAAAGCACCCAUCGCCCAACAAUUGCCAGGAGAAUCAGAAGAGGAUUUCAAUGAUUAUUCUUCCAAGAUCUUGCACCUGAAAGGAGACAGGAAGGACUUUGAUUUUGUGAAAUCUAGCCUCUCAGCUGAAGGCUUUGAUGUAGUUUAUGAUAUAAAUGGACGAGAGGCAGAUGAAGUUGCACCAAUAUUGGAUGCACUACCGAAUCUUGAACAGUACAUAUACUGCUCUUCAGCUGGUGUCUAUCUCAAAUCUGAUCUAUUACCUCAUUUUGAGGCGGAUGCUGUCGACCCAAAAAGCAGGCACAAAGGAAAGCUUGAAACAGAGAGCUUGCUGGCGUCUAGAGACAUUAAUUGGACUUCUUUGAGGCCUGUCUACAUCUAUGGACCCUUAAAUUACAAUCCUGUCGAAGAAUGGUUCUUCCACCGGUUGAAAGCUGGUCGCCCUAUUCCAGUUCCCAACUCUGGAGUGCAAAUAACGCAACUCGGUCAUGUUAAGGACUUAGCAACGGCUUUUAUUCAGGUCCUUGGUAAUGAAAAGGCCAGCAAGCAAGUAUUCAACAUAUCUGGAGAAAAAUAUGUCACAUUUGAUGGACUAGCAAGAGCAUGUGCAAAGGCUGGCGGUUUUCCCGAGCCUGAGAUCGUUCACUACAACCCGAAAGAGUUUGAUUUUGGCAAAAAGAAGGCAUUUCCAUUCCGUGAUCAGCAUUUCUUUGCAUCGAUUGAAAAGGCGAAGAGUGUUCUUGGGUGGAAACCAGAAUUUGGCUUAGUGGAAGGUCUUACUGACUCCUACAAUCUAGACUUUGGCAGAGGCACAUUCAGGAAAGAGGCUGAUUUCUCAACAGAUGACAUUAUUCUUGGAAAGAGUCUUGUUCUUCAAAGCUAGAGCUCUCUCACCUCUCAUGAUUUUUUUUGUAUCUCCUUCCUUGUAUCAGUUUCCCUUUCAGGUAAUUGACUUUUAGUUUUUCUGAUUAAAUAAAAUAAUUCAUAUGUGGGAUACAAAUUUCAUUAAAUUUAUAUUAGAAGAAUAAAGAUGUUUUCCAAAGUGUCCUUAUAAAAAUUUCUUAAUGUUCCUUGGA